ACUGGUCUUCCGUCCUCGUCCCCACACAGAGUUGUCGGCAGACCUGAGUCUCGGUUGUGAACAUGCCUUUCAUAGACUUCCAGACGAAUUUACCGGCCGGCUCGUUCUCGGAGGACUUUGUGAAGAAGCUGAGCUCGUGCGUCGCGGCUGCUCUGGGGAAACCCGAGGACAGGAUGAAUGUGGUGGUGAAGGCUGGGCUGCUGAUGAUGAUAGCUGGCUCUUGCUCUCCGUGUGUGAUGCUGUCGGUGUCUGCUAUUGGCGUGACUGACACUGCUGACAAGAACAAGGAACACAGUGCCAAGAUCUUUGAGUUUCUGACCACAGAACUUCGUCUGCCAGAAGACAGGAUUGUUAUCCAGUUCCACGCACUGCAGCCACACCAGGUCGGAAAGAAGGGGACUGUCAUGAGCUUCUUGUGAAGCAUGUUUCUGACACACGAUCGCAUUCCUAAAAGAAGAAGAAGACGAAGAAAGCAGAUUGGAUCUCAGUAUUAAUCACUCAAUGAAGUAAAGCUAGUUCUUUUCAGGCCACUGUGUACUACAGUUUACACAUCUGCAGUUGUUCCGACGGCUGUAAAACGUGAUGUUAAUCAGUCCUGUUUUUUAAUGAUUAAGCCCUAUUAUUGUUACCAUUUCUGAGAUCACUUGUGUUACACACUAUUGAAGAAGAUCACACUAGAAGAACAUGGAAUAAAGAGGGAGAAGAGACUA